UUCCGAUCGCUCUGAAGAGAGAAGGGGGGGUGUGUGUGUGGGCCCUCCUCGUGGUGGGCGACUGAGAAACCUGCUGAAGAGAAACUCGAAGCUUUUUGUUGGUCCUGCGCCGUUUCUGCUUUUUUGCCCAUCACAUCACUCACACCUCGUCCUCUUUUACGGUCGGGUCUCUUCACGAUUCCCAUAUCUUAUAUCUUUGCUCUCUCUUUUUUCCACUUCCUUCCCCCUCGGCAAUGCAAUAGACCACCAGUUUCGCUGCUCUUUUUCUCGGGGCCUCAACAAAAAUCUUUAACUCCUUCCUGUUUUUAACCGUCACAGUGUUACAUCGGGCAACAAACCAUCCGGCCGUUUUGUCUCCCUCUUAACUUAUAAACUCACCUCACCCACAGAUAUAUCUCACUUACACAUCGCCAUUGGUAAUACAACAUUGAGUUUUAAUAUCCCCCCCGAGUAUCGCAAAACUCAAAUGUCAGAACAACAAUCCCAAGAACUCCGCGAAAUGUCGCCGUCGCGGCCGCCGGCACCGAUGCCGAGCCUGUCGAUGCGCGUAAAGUCGUCGAUGAUUAUGGGGAUCACGGGUCUGAUCUCGCGCUGCUUCCUGCACGGGUUCAACACGGUAGAGACGCACGGGCUGGCUCAGUUCAGGGAGCUGUUGGACAGCCGGGCUGAUCCGGAGAAGAGGGAGAGGGGAUUGUUAACUGGUAUUUUCUCACCCAGUUUUAUCCUCUGCUGUAUUAAUAUAUUUUUAUACUUUUCCAACCAUGUCAGCGUUCUUGACGACCCCAUGGUAUGGGGUUUGCUACCUCUUUCAUACGCCUUCAACCCAAACAACCUCCGUUGGACAUUAGGGGCGCAUGACAUCUGCUUCAAGAACCAGCUCUUCUCCUCCUUCUUCACCCACGGCCAAGUCCUCCCCUGCCACCGAUCAAAACACUCCCCCCACGGCGGCCUCUUCCAACCCUGCAUGACGCAAGCCAUCCGCCUCCUCUCCCACCCGUCCCCCUCCCCUCCCGCAUCACCCUACUACACCACCACCGGCACCGACUCGAUCCUCUCCCCGCUAACGCACCCCCAACACCGCCGGUACAGCUGGGUGCACGUCUUCCCCGAGGGGCUGGUCCAUCAACACCCCGAUGUUGAUUUGCGGUACUUCAAGUGGGGCGUCGCGAGGCUCAUCUUGGAGUCUGAGCCAAGCCCGGAUAUUGUCCCCAUGUUUAUCGACGGAACGCAAAAGUGCAUGGCGGAGGACAGGGGGUUUCCAAAGUUUUUGCCGAGGGUGGGCAAGACGGUGAGGGUUACUUUUGGGGGGGUGCUGGACUAUGAGGCGACGUUUGGGGACUUGAAGGCGAGGUGGGAUGAGCUUGUCAGGAGGGAGACUAAGAAGGGGAAUACGACGAAAACGGUGGGGUGGUUGUGGAAGACAGCUGUGAUUGAACAGACAGAUGAUGGGAAUGGGCAACGACAGGUGGGCGAGUUGACGAGUGAGGAGUUACGCAACGGCAGAGAGGCGAGGGAGAUCAGGAUUGAGGUUGCGAGGAGGAUGAGGGAGGAGAUUUUGCGGUUGAGGAGCGAGAGGGGGGUUUACAAGGAGAGCGAGGAGAGUUUUGGGAGGGCGGAGACGUGGAGGGUGGAUAAGGGGGAGGAGGGGAAGAAGUAUAGGAGCCGGGUUGAUGGGAGUCAGAUUAAUCAGGAUUAGGAGACUUAAGGAAAAGAAUUUGGGAUUGGAAUUUGGGGGUGGGUGGUGUUUAUCGGCUUGUUGUGUAUAUAUUUUUGUCUUACUUCGCGUGGUGUUUGGGAAAGAUAAAAAAGCGUGAGAGAGGAUGGCUAGAGAUAGAUUUGGGAGGGGAGCG